AUGGAUCAAAGUUUUAUAGGAACUAAUAGUCUAGUUUCAGUAUUAGCAGGCCUUGUAUUUAUAGGAACUGUUAUUAAAGUUGGUAUUUCUCUUCAGACUUAUUUAAUCGAUGUUAGAUGUGUAUUGCUUUUACCAACAGAGUUGGGAUUAAGAGAGUGGAGAGAAAAAUACAAGGUUUUAAGCUUUGCACAGUUUAGUUUAACGGUAGUAACAUCAGCCUUAUCAUUUUUAACUUAUUUUACUGUACUCUUUUCUGAUUCAGGAAAUACAUUAAAAGCACAACUUUGGUUACUUUGUUGUAUUCUUAUGUUUUCACUUUUGCCAUACACUGUUUUAGUUGUUGUACCAAUUAAUAAAAGAUUAAAUUCAAAGGAAUGUGAAGAGAAUUUAAGUCUUUCUGCAGCAUUAUUGAAAAAAUGGGGAGAAGUAAAUAAACCAAGACCAUUCAUGUUACUUUUAAUUAUGGUCAUCUUUUAUUAUGUAAUUUUUGUUUAA